AGUAUAAAAGAUACGAGGUAGACUAAGAACGACAACGAGUUUUCGCGAGAUCCUCGAUCAUGACGACACGUUGUAAUUCUCAUUCUCUAUUUGAAAAAUGUGCGAGAUUUCUUCUUCUCUUUAUUAUCGUACCCACCUACGCUGAGCAAGCAUGUGAUCCAAGCAAAUGUCCCGGACCAUUAAAAUAUUACGAUAGUUUGGGUUGCAAUCCCGUUUAUGAGAAAGAAGGUGACUGUUGUGCUAUUCGUUAUAAUUGUGAUAAGUUAAAAUCAAGAUCUAAAAAUAAGUGUUACAUUAAUGGUCACGAAUAUGCAAUCGGGGAAAAUUUAAGAGAGGAAGAUGCCAAUCCUUGCGAUAUCGGUUGUUUCUGUCGUGAGGGAUACGAUGGGAGAGCUUCGUUCACGUGUGCAAUAGUCGAUUGUUUCCAUGGUCCCGUAGAACCAAAUUGUUAUUUAAAACAUUCACCGGACAAGUGUUGUCCCGGUCCACAAGUUUGUCUCGACGAUAUUAAAGACAGACCAAAGUGUGAAGUUAACGGUAAAGUCUAUUUGGACGGUGAAUAUUUCACAGACGAAUCUAAUCCCGAUAAUACUUGUUAUUGUCAACCUGAUUACAAAGGAAAGAACGUUGAACCGUUUUGCAAGAAACCAAAUCGUGAUUAUUGUAAUCCGGAAUUUCGAAAUCCUAGUAAUAUUCAGAAUAACUGCGCACCUGUUUAUUACACUGAUCAAACACCUCAAAAGAGUUGCAGUUUUGCUACGAGAUGCCAGAACUCAAAUGACACUGUCAUUCAUAAUCAUGAUGAAGCUAAACAUGCUGGACCAAAUGAGGACGAAAAUAUGACUUGUAAAUUUGGUAAUUUGACAAUGCAUCUCGGUGACGAAUUGAGCCAAUCAUCUGAAGAUUUUUCAUCUUGUAUGAAAUGUUUGUGCGAGGUACCACCAACACCAACGUGUCAAUAUUUACCCGAUAAGGAAUGCCCGUUUUACGGAAACAUCUAAAAAUCAUUGUAAUUAAAUAACGAAGUAUAUAAAACUUACCCCCGCCCCUAAAGAAUACAAUCUUUUCUUUUUCUGAAAAUGAAAAUAAAGAACAAAAAGAAAACCAAAAAAAGAAGAAUAG